CCUGAGGUUGUGUGUCGUCGUGGAAUAUAAAUAUAUAUGUAGAUAUAGAGAGAUAUAUUGAAGGGAUUUCCCUGUGUGGCAGCAGCAAUAAAUUCGCGCUCAGUUCGUCUGCAGAAGUCAGCGAAAGCAGUUCAAGAAUCCUGCAGGGAUUUUCGCUAUCGUCAAGGAAACGCGUUGUGCGCCGUGUUUUUGGUUAGCAUAAUUGAAAUGAACAAAUAAAAUAUAAAGAGGAAAAGUGCCAGAGAGAGAGAGAGAGAGAUUUGUGAAAAGUGCAGUGCGAAAACAGAAAUGUGCCAAAGCAAACGCUCCAACGGAUUCCGGAAUCAAAGCAAAGGCCACUAUCAAUUCCAAACCAAAUCCCAAGCCCAAUCCAACAACCGAAACCCAAACCGUAACCAAAACCGAGACCAAAGUCAAGGAUCCAGUGGAGUCGUAGCAGGUCGUCGUCGGACGAUGGGGCGGAACAAAGGAGCCGCCGUUGGAUCGGGUGCAGGAGCAGGAGUAGGAGCAGCUCGCUGUGGCCUGUUGAUGUCACUGCUGGCGAUGCUGCUCCUCCUGCAGCUGUUGGGUGUGGGCCUGGCGACGCCAUCGCCCUCCAUGCAGGCGCCACAGAAGCGAGCCUAA